AUGACGGAAGUAAAAGAGGGAAUGCGGGCAUUUAUGAAAGAGUUGCACUUGAGGUGCUUGUACGACCCAUUGGAGUUUCUGUUUAAGAUAAACAUUGCAGAAGAGUUUCCCCAUUCAGCGCCCUCAAAUUAUAUGGGCAGAGCUAUGAAUCUCUUUUCAAUGCGGGAGUACUAUCAAGUCUACUGUAUCCUGAAGUGCGACAGCAACCAGGCCAAAAUGUCGUACAACUUCUGCAUCUGCUGCAGCAAAGAGCGGAUUUUUCUUAGGAACUACGCCAUAUACAUUUUGUCCACAAUAAAAGGUGUGAAGGAGCCCGGUAUUGUGAUGGGGGCAGUGAAGUAUGAGGACGAAAGCAUAAACAAAAUACUGGGGAAGAUGCAGUCGGGCAAGGACUCUUUCAUGGCAACGGGGUCGUUUGCGCUUGAAGACCCUUUUUUGCUGUAUCUGCUGCUGGUCGCCAAGCGAGAGUGCAUUUCGAUCGGAAACCUGAAAAAGGGGCUUUUUAUGCUUAUUGGCGCGCUUCCGUACUUCUGGGACGGGUACCGGCUGAUUGCCGAUCUUAUAACGGUUUCAGACUGCGCCGAGGUGUUGGACGCAAUUUCCGAUCCUGUUAUGCGGAGAGUGUUCGGGCUGUACAUCGGCAGCCGAAAGUGCAUUUUGCACAAGGAGCUAAAAGCCUUUAUGGAGAGCUAUGAGAGCGAGGGGGCAGACCUUUCCUUGUACGAACAGUCGCUGAUGGCCUCUGUCCUAGGGCACUACAAGAAAAACACCCGAGCCAUCGAGGUUUUGGAGGGCGUGGUGGAGAAGUCGCAGGACUGGAGCGGGUUUGACCAGUUUUCAAACAUCCUGUACUCGCUGAAGGACUCGGAGCGGCUGGGCAGCCUUCUCUUCAAGGUGUUUGAGCAGUUUGGAAACCUGCCUAUAUACAACUAUGUGGCAGGAAACAUGCUGGCUCUGAAGGCGGACCACGUUGGAAGCAUAGAAGAGUUCCAAAAGAUUAUACACGAUGACUGCCUUGGAGAGUUUGACAUUGCAUACAUAUUCGUGGCCCAGGAAUACUUCCACUUGAAAGAUACAUGCUCGGCGAUAAAGGCGUGCAAUUUGGCGAUAAAGAAAAACUACAACGACCACCGAGUGUGGAUGAGCAUGGCGCAGAUAUACUUUUCCAUAGAGAUGCACGAGUAUGCCCUGCACUUCUACAGAAAGUGUGCAGAACUGUCCCCAGAUACGCCCGCAGUCUAUGAAGGCCUGGGCCUGUGCUUUGACAAGCUAACCCGAUGGGACGAGGCUGCGCGGUGCUACAAAAGAUGCAUUGAGCAAGGCAGCACAAAGGCGCUUUGCCUGCUGGGCGACCUGUUCUUCCAGCAGAAUGACCCAAGGUAUCAGGAGUAUUACAAAGAGUAUCUGAUGCUCUCCUUUUCCCUGAAGGACCCGAUUGAUGCGCCCGACGUAAACAUGAAAACAGCCGAGCGGAUGAUUGAGUGCCUGGAGGCCUCCGUGGACUCGCACACAAUUUUGCAAUGGAGGAAAUCGCUGACUGUUCUUAGAAACAGAAUCGGAAGCUAA